AUUGCAAGCCAAAAGAAUUCACGCUCUUUACUCAACCUCUAAAACCCGACGUCUGAAAAGAAAUCCCUCGAACAUUUAACAACCUCCUAAAGUCUGGUACUGCUCAUUCACUAGAAAAACGCUCCCACUCCGAUCGUGCGGAUCGAGUAUCUCUAUUUGCAGAAGCUUUUCUCAGAGAUAGAAAGGAGGAGGAUUUGUGCUUCAAAUUGAUAGUAGCUACGAUGCCUACAGUGAGUGUAAAAUGGCAGAAGGAAAUUUUUCCAGCAGUCGAAAUUGACACAAGUCAGCCACCUCUUGUAUUCAAAUGUCAGCUGUAUGGACUGACUGGUGUCCCCCCCGAGAGACAGAAGAUCAUGGUUAAGGGCGGUCUCCUCAAGGAUGAUGCUGAUUGGGAUGCCCUGGGUGUGAAGGAAGGACAGAGAUUGAUGAUGAUGGGCACUGCAGAUGAGAUAGUCAAGGCUCCAGAAAAGAAACCUGUAUUUGUUGAGGACCUUCCAGACGAAGAGCUGGUUGCUUCUGUGGGCCACACAGCUGGUUUAUUCAAUCUGGGCAAUACGUGCUAUAUGAACUCAACUAUUCAAUGUUUACAUUCUGUUCCAGAACUUAAGUCGGCACUGCAAAAGUAUACUUAUUCUGGAAGGAGCAAUGAUUUAGACCCAUCAUCGCAUCUUUUGACUGUUGCUGCUAGGGAUUUAUUUGGUGAGCUGGAUCGAAGCGUUCGACCUGUUGCUCCCACGCAGUUUUGGAUGGUGCUGAGAAAAAAGUAUCCCCAGUUUGGUCAGCAACAUAAUGGUUUAUUCAUGCAACAGGAUGCAGAGGAAUGCUGGACACAGCUUAUUUACACGUUGUCUCAGUCUCUAAAAUCAUUAGAUUCGAGAGAUAAUGAUGAAGCUGUGAAGCAGUUAUUUGGGAUUGAGCUUGUCAGCAAGAUUCAAUGUGCUGAAAGCGGAGAGGAAACUUUGGAAACAGAGACAGUGUUCUCUUUGAAGUGUCACAUAUCUCAGGAGGUCAAUCAUUUGCAUGAUGGGCUUAAACAUGGCUUGAAGUCUGAUUUGGAAAAGGUAUCACCUGCGUUAGGUCGUACUGCAGUGUAUUUGAAAGAGUCACGCAUUAACAGCUUACCAAGAUAUUUAACCAUCCAAUUUGUCCGUUUCUUUUGGAAGAGAGAGUCAAACCAAAAGGCGAAGAUAUUGAGGAAAGUAAAUUAUCCUUUGGAGUUAGAUAUUUUUGAUUUCUGUUCUGACGAACUUCGUGAGAAAUUAAAGGAACCACGCCAGAUACUUAGAGAUCAAGAAAGUGCAAAAUUUGGACUGAAGUCAAAAGAAAAACAGAUGGAUGAAAUGGACAAAAAUGCUGGAACUUCAUCUACAGAGGGAUUGGAUACUAAUGGCUCAUCAUCAGAUAGCACUGCUGCUGAAAGAAAACAGGCUAUGGGAACUGAUAAAAUACCACAGUUGACUGGUAUAUAUGACCUCGUUGCCGUGCUAACUCAUAAGGGGCGUAGUGCAGAUUCUGGACAUUAUGUUGCUUGGGUCAAACAAGACAAUGUCUUUGAUUCAGGAAAGUGGGUGGAAUUUGAUGAUGACAAUCCUAUUCCACAAAGAGAGGAAGAUAUUACAAAGCUUUCUGGUGGAGGUGACUGGCACAUGGCUUAUAUAUGCAUGUACAAAGCUCGCACUUUGAUCCAUCCUUAGAAUAUGGUAGCAAUUUUAGCUAGUCAUGGGUAAUUAUAUAUAAUAUUUCAAAUUUUUUGAGUAAAUACUCAACAUUGCAGAAUAGAUAAAAAAUAAAUUGAGCUUACCAAUUGUUUUUAUGAUAUUUAUAUUUCGAGGUAGCUAUUACAGUCCUUGUAGUCUUGUUGAGUUAUAAAUAUUGUGUUAAGUAUGUAAAUUUCUGGCAGGUCCUGUAAAAUUUGUUUUUAUAAACUUUAAAUUUAAUUGAGCUUUAUUCGUGGGGUUCAUUUAUGAGCCUUCAUUUCAAUGAUUA